AUGAUCAAUACAUUAAACCCCAUCGUUGAUUAUUUGAAAGUAUUUGAUUGUGUUGAUGAAUGCAUUACUUAUAUUAAUUCUAUCACAACAGAAACAAAAAUAUUAUUUAUUGUAUCAGGCCAAUUAGGUGAAAGUGUAAUAAUUCAAAUUUAUGAUUCAUCGAAAAUUAUUUCUAUCUAUGUAUUUUGUUAUGAUAAAAUGAAACAUGAAACUUGGUCAAUCCAAUAUAAACCAAAACUUCAAGGUGUUUUUAAUGAUAAAGAUGAACUUUAUGCCAAAUAA